GCUCCCGCAUCUCAAUGCCCACGGACCGCUCUGGUUGCAGGUGCCUUCUGCAUUCCCUUGUAUGUGCCCUAUGUGCUGACGGGGAGAUGGAUCUUCGGGAGAAGCCUCUGCAAACUCUGGCUGGUAGUUGAUUACCUGCUCUGCACCUCUUCGGUCUUCAACAUCGUACUGAUUAGCUAUGACAGAUUCCUCUCGGUGACAAGAGCGGUUGCCUACAGAGCCCAGCAAGGCAACACCAAGCGAGCGGUGCUGAAGAUGGUGAUGGUAUGAUACGCCCCUGCCAUUAUCAGCUGGGAGUAUAUAUCAGGCCGGAGUAUCAUACCCACUGGGGAAUGCUACGCUGAAUUUUUCUACAACUGGUAUUUUCUCAUGACAGCCUCUACGCUGGAGUUUUUCACCCCUUUCAUCAGUGUAAUGUUUUUCAACCUGAGCAUUUACCUGAACAUACAGAAGCGUACCAAAAUACGCCUGGAUAUUUUCCAUGAAGUGCACAACCAGUCCUUCACUGAAGAGAUGGAAAUGAGCCCGGAAGCAAAGCUUUCUUUGAAAUGCUGUAAGUGGGAGCAGAAGGAGCCAGCUGAAACCCUCGAUCUCUCUAAGAGCAAAGCUCAAGCAGCAGCCUCCACUGCCAGCCCGGGUGCCAAAGACCUGCUGUCAACAAGCACUGAGAGCUCUGGAAAACCUAAGUGUUGCAACAAAAAGAGCUGUAAAAAUUCAGCAUCCACUCUGUCCUUAGAAAAACGGAUGAAAAUAGUGUCCCAGAGCAUGACUCAACGCUUCAGGCUCUCUAGAGACAAGAAAGUGGCCAAAUCACUGGCAAUCAUCGUGGGCAUUUUUGGGAUUUGCUGGGCACCAUACACUCUCCUGAUGAUCAUCCGCGCUGGCUGCCACGGCCACUGCAUCUCUGACUACUGGUACGAGACUUCCUUUUGGCUGCUGUGGAUCAACUCGGCUGUCAACCCUAUCCUGUACCCGCUCUGCCACUACAGCUUCAGAAGAGCUUUUAUUAAACUCCUCUGUCCCAAGAAGCUAAAGAUUCAACCUCACGAUCCCCUUCAGAACUGCUGGAAGUGA